AUGCAAGAGCCUUCAACUUUUAAAAAUCAGACCUAUAGUGAAUAUUUGGGAACCAAGCUAUAUGUACAAGUGGUAACAUGUGAAAAAGAGGUGUGCCACAGAGAACAACAGAGUUCAAAGUGGCCACCCUUUCUUAAAGGGGCAGAAUUGGGACUGACGGAAUCUGUGCCAUACAUAGACAGCCUUCUGUCUCCACUGGAAUUUUAUCGGGAGUGGGUUUGUCCAAACAAGCCAUGUAUAAUUCGGAAUGCCUUCAGUCACUGGCCAGCUCUGAAGAAGUGGACGUUACCUUAUCUCAGGAAGGUAACAGGUGCCAAAAUGGUGAGUGUGGCAGUGACACCAAAUGGUUACGCCGAUGCUGUUUAUCAGGACCGUUUUGUCAUGCCAGAGGAGAGGCACAUGCUUUUCAGCAACUUUUUGGACAUUAUGGAGAAGAAAGUGACCUCUUCAAGUAUAUUCUAUGUUCAGAAGCAGUGUUCAAACCUGACUGAGGAAUUCCCUGAACUUUUAGGUGAUGUGGAGCCUGAGAUACCAUGGAUGAGUGAGGCACUUGGAAAGAAGCCUGAUGCUGUGAAUUUCUGGCUUGGCGAGUCUACUGCUGUGACAUCUUUACAUAAAGAUCACUAUGAGAAUUUGUACUGUGUGAUUUCUGGUGAGAAACAUUUUCUGCUGCACCCACCAAGUGAUCGCCCCUUCAUCCCCUACGAGCUCUACCUACCUGCAACCUAUUGUAUAUCAGAAGAUGGUUCAUUUCAGGUUGUGGAUGAGAAGGCUGCAGAAAAGGUGCCAUGGAUUCCGUUGGAUCCUUUAAAACCAGAUCUGGAACAAUAUCCAGAGUAUGCCCAGGCAAGGCCUUUGCGGUGUACAGUGAAAGCUGGUGAAAUGUUGUACCUCCCUUCUCUCUGGUUUCAUCAUGUUCAGCAGUCUCAUGGAUGUAUUGCAGUGAAUUAUUGGUAUGACAUGGAAUAUGACUUGAAAUACAGCUAUUAUCAACUUCUAGAUUCUCUCUCAAAAGCUGUGACAUUGGUAUAGCCAGACUGGGGACACAGUCAUAAACCUUUCUCUCUGGUGUGGCUGAAUUACAUGCAUCUGUUCCUGGAGUACAAAUAUGCUUGAGUCAGAAGAGCUAAACAUUAAAUUAUCCUCAACAAAUUAUCUGUCAGAUGGAGGAUAUUUGUCCUGCUUGCCUUUGGAGAUGGUAUCAUGCAGAUUUUAAGUGAAAUUCCAAUCCAGUGUCUGUCUUAUUUGGCUGGACGACAGAAUUUUGCAGUUUUAAUGCUUAGCCUCACUUGCCCCAGGUUUUGGAAACAUCAGAAAUGUUAACCACGUGUGUUCCUAUCCCUUUGAAAGACUCUUUAAAGAACAUACAAAGCUUGGUCUACAGAUCUGGGUUUGGUAACUGCCAAAAUAAUGAAGCAAAAGCAGCUCUGCUAUAAACAAUGUAAUCAUCAGUGCAAGACUCCAAUUCAUUAUGAGAUGACAAUACUUUCUCAGUUUUAAUUCAUUGUGUUCAGUGACUGUGUAUAAUGCUUUUUAUGAAGAUUCAGAAUACAAACUGAGCAAUAAAAUAUCCGUGUUUUGCAAGCUUAUUUAGAUGCUAGCUAUGGGAACCUUCAACUGUUACUGGCCAGGGGAAUGAUCAGGAAAUCAUGAUCUAAUAGUGAUUAUUUUCUAUAUUAAAAACAUAUGUCUAUAUUUCAUUGUGCAGAUUGCCAAUACAGGCAGUCCCCGGGUUACGUACAAG